UAUUCCGAUAGAAUAAAUUCGCUAUCCUGAAUUUUUGAAGUCGAAGUGGGUCAGUGGCUGGCCAAUGAAAUUGGUAUAAAACCAGAUCGAAGUAUUUUGGGAAGUGUGCCUGAAUGAAUUUCUAGGGGCAUAGCUGGAGCAAUUUGUCUUCACUUGGUUUUCCUACCUGUCUAAUUGUAAACAGUAAAUGGGGAAAGUUGAGUUUAGAAGAACUGCACACGGCUUCAUUCGUGUCGAUCUCGUCAAUGUCUGGCUGGCUUUAAACAUAAAAAGUAGGGGUGCUGCUGGCAGAGAUUAUUCAAGCGUCUUGAUUGGAGAAGCUCGAAAAAUAUCCAGGAGCGCAUUCUAUUCGAAGCCUGCCCAAAAUUUGUUAUAAGCACCAUCUGCCCUUUUUUAUACAUUUAUAGGCAGUUACUUACACGUUCUGGAAUAGGUAGAAUAGGUAGAAUAGGCAGAGAUUAUUCAAGAAUCUUGAUUGGAGAAGCUCGAAAAAUAUCCAGGAGCGCAGUCUAUUCCAAGGUUGGCCAAAAAUGCAGGUGGAAAGAAAAUGGGUUUUGGUUUUCAUGAGAUUAUUGUUGGUGGUUAUUGGCUCAAUUAUCUCCCAUGCCACGCCUGAAGGAAAUGUUCUUCAUGGAAUACGGGAAAGACUUAAUGCAGAAACAAACUGGACAGGCGAUGAUCCUUGCUUAGCUUGGGAUGGUGUAACUUGCUUUCAGAAUCAUGUUGUUGAAUUGAAUCUUUCUGGGAAGGGUCUAUAUGGAAAACUACCGAAAGAAGUUGGCUUCUUGUCCUUUUUAAAGGUUCUAGAUCUAAGCAAUAAUGACAUAAAUGGGAGCAUUCCUGAUGAGAUAACUAACCUGACAAAUCUUCAAACUAUGAUUCUUCAUAAUUCUGGAUUAUCAGGGGUUUUACCUUCAGGAAUUCAGCAACUCUCUUUGUUAGAAAGCAUGUAUCUGGGGAACUGUUCUUUCACUGGACCUAUCCCUCCCCUGGGAAAGCUUAUCAAUCUCAAACACCUAACAAUGUGGGGCAAUGACUUGAACUGUACCAUACCAGCUGAUAUCGGAAACUUGACAAAUCUUGAAUAUCUAAACUUCCAUGACAGUAAUAUGUAUGGGGAAUUGCCUUCAGAGCUUGGGAAUCUCCACAAGCUACAGAAUCUGUCACUUCAUAGCAACCAUUUUACUGGAAGAAUUCCCCAAUCAUGGACUUCAAUGACUAGUCUUCGUGAUAUGGAUCUUUAUAGUAAUGACCUCACUGGACUGUUUCCUACCUGGAUUUUAGGACUGAAAGCAAAAAUAAAUUUGCGUUGUAACUACUUUAUGGGGCCAAAGCCAAAAGAUUUAGAAGAAUAUUUUUAUACAGGGAAUUGUCUAGAACCAGACGUGGAUAGUCACAUGAGAUAUUGUAGGGACUCACCUAAUUGUGUGUUCUUUUACUCUCAACCUGGAAAUGGUCAAUCUGGGAACAUUACUCCAGACGGCAAGAAAAAGAAUACUUGGGUCAUAGUAGGAGCUACUGCAUCAUCUUCUCUUGUGCUAGUCAUGCUUCUUGUUCUCCUAUGUGCAUGGAAGAUCAAGAAGUCAAAGAGAAACAGUGACAUGCAUUUGAGUAUUCUUUCGAAUACAGAAAAUAACUCUGCAGAGCCCGGAAUGAUUGAAAUAUUGGAACCUGUAAAUGGAGUUCAAAGGUUUACAUUAAAAGAAAUUACAAAGGCCACAGAAGGAUUCAGUAAGUGCUAUGAGAUAGGUUUUGGAGGCUUUGGAAAGGUCUACAAAGCUCAUCUUGAUGAUGGAUCUAUCGUGGCCAUCAAACGAGCAUCAUCUUCAGUUAUUCAAGGACAUAAGCAGUUUCAGAAUGAGAUAGUAGUUCUCAGCAGGUUGUGCCAUCGCUGUCUUGUGAAGCUUCGAGGCUUUUGCCAUGAAGCUGGAGAACAGAUCCUGGUGUAUGAGUUCAUGAAAAAUGGCAAUCUAAAUGAUUUGCUUUCAGAUAGGAAUACAACUGAGAUAUUAAGCUGGUCCAAAAGGAUUGAUAUUUCAAUUGCUAUUGCACAAGGAAUUGAUUACUUGCAUUCCUUUGUUGAACCUCCCAUUAUACAUAGGGAUAUCAAGCCAAGUAAUAUAUUGUUGGAUGAACAUUUCCAUGCCAAAUUGUCAGAUUUCGGCAUCUCUAAGAGCACUCCAGACUUUGUUGAUACCCACAUUUCAACUGGUCCAGCCGGUACUUUAGGAUACUUGGAUCCACAAUACUUCAUGAGGCGUCAACUGACACCAUCAAGUGACGUGUACAGCUUUGGUGUAGUUUUACUUGUUCUAAUUUCAGGACAAAAAGCCAUAGAUCAUACUCGCCUGGAUGAGUUUAAUCUUGUGGAAUGGGUGAAUAUCAAGUUUGAGGAGGGUGAUAUUGAUUCAAUUGUGGACCCAAAUCUCAAGGAGGAUUACAACGUAGAGGAUGUGAGAACUGUGACAGAGUUGGCUCUUAAGUGUUCUGCAUUUGAGAGGUCUGGACGUCCAACAAUGAAAGAAGUUCUAUCUGUGCUCGAGCCUUUGCUAAAGAAAGAGGCUUCCCCACAAAGCAUCGGUUCCCCUUUUUUCGACUACAACGAUGACUCUACAGAAGUCUUUCCUUCCCCACUUCGUCAUUCUUUGAGUGGUAAAGUCCAAAACGGAAAAGAGCAUAUUCCAGCUACCUACAGGAGCUUAUCAACAAACACAUUGUCUGGUGUCACAUUAAGUCCACUACUCAUUUCCAAGUUAAUCUAGGAACCAAAUGUUAUAAUUUUGCAUUCCCUCUAGCCUUUUCUGGCACACACCAUCCCAUGAGCUUCCAUUCACCGCAUUUGUGGUUUUUGUUUCUUGGCAUGUGACGACAAUGUCACGAGCUUUGUGUCAAAUGUAAAUUGAAAUCAUGUAACACUAGUUCUGUACAUUCUAAAAGAACUUGGUAAGUUGAUAUCAAUUGACAUAUAGACCCAAGCUAUAUGUGAUUAACUUGUAAAUACAAAGUCUCAUCAAUUUUUGAAACUCUUGAAAUA